AGCGAAAAGCGAGCACCAAAUUUGUAUUUUAGCACACGAGUUACUUCUGCUUCUGUCAGGCGUGGUGAAUCCAGUGAAGAUGAUGGAUGCUCUGUCGGUGGUGAGUCAGCUCAGGGAUCUGGCCUCAGAGCCCCAGAACCGAGAGGUGAUAGUCCAGGACCAGGGCUGCCUCCCCGGACUGGUUCUCUUCCUGGACCACCAGAACCCAGAGGUCCUGUUUGCAACUCUGCAGACUCUGCGUUACUUGGCUGAGCUGCCUCCCAACAUCUCCACCAUGAGGAACGAACUGGGAAUGAUGGUGAGCUUGGAGAACUUGACGGCCAGAGAAGGUCUGUCUGUGGACAUCACAGCUUUAGCUCAGGAGGUUCAUGACAUCCUGAAGGCUCCUACUAAUCCUGCACCUCGUACUCCUGAGAGGGAACGGAGGAAGAAGUCCCAGUUCUUCAUCAACUCCACCAACAAGAAGGCCAAGUCCGUCACGCUGCUCAUCCAGGGCCUGGACAGCUCAGACCAACGGGGUUUGUGUGAGGAGGCUCUGCUGAAGGUCAAAGGAGUGAUCAGCUUCACCUUCCAGAUGGCCUCCAAGAGAUGCACCGUCAGGAUCCGCUCAGACCUUCCUACCGAGAGUUUGGCCACCGCCAUCGCUGCUACCAAAGUUCUGUCGGCUCAACAGGUGGUGAAGAACGAAGCAGGAGAGGAGGUCUACCUCCCUCUGAAGCCGUCUGGUCUGGAGGUUCCUCAGAACUCGGCUCUGCCCGAUUACCUCCCGGAGGAGGAGAGUCCGGAGAAGACGACGGACCGAGCCAUCUCCAGAACCACAGCCAAGGAGGACUCCAGUGGGAGCUGGCUGAACGCUGCCGCCAGCUUCCUCACAAAGACCUUCUACUGGUGAACUGGAGCUGCUGUAGAGACUGUAGACAGCACAGAACCCACGUUAGCCUGAAACACUGAACGGACCCACACCGGCUGUCCUCCGUCUCCUCCUGUAAAUAUUUUCUUCUGACAUGUAAAAAUAAAGGUGUAAAUCUUUGUUACUUUUCUGUAUGAACUGAGAAGUCCUGUUCCAUCUUCUGCUGUUUGUCGGUUGUGUUGCUUUAUGUUAAAAUAAACGUACAAAAUAUUUGUUCCACGUGAA